AUGAUGUUUCUGGAGAUGCAGCGAGCGUUCAUGCUACACGGGCGGCGAGCAGUGACGAGAAGUGCGGUCGGCGUGCGGUACAUCUCGGAGGACAUCCAGCAGAAGGACGCACAGGCGGGCGAGAAGGCGACGGCGACGGCGACGGGGGUUAUCUACAAGUCGGACGAGGAAACGCUGAUGUAUUUCGACAACGUAUACCCGCGGGCGACGUCGUUGUGGCGGCCGACGCAGUGGUACAACAUUCUGCUGUCGAACCAGUCGCGGGAAGCGGUGAGGGAGAAGAUCAUGCGGCUCGCAAGCCCGGCAAGCAACCCGGUGCACGGACUGGAGCUGCGGUCGACGAUCCCGAUCAAGCGGGACGGCGGGGUGUUUGCGACGUUCCGGGUGCCGCGUGAGUACACGAGGGCGCAGGUGAACGCGUUGAUCCAGGCGAACACGCAGCAGGAGUCGUCGAAGUCGCUGCUGGCGGCGUUUACGCGGGCUGCAGCGUUCCCGGUGAAGGGCGUGCCGUGGAUCGAGGACCUGAAGCGGCUGCCGAACAACGUGGUGCGCGUGGAGGUGGAGGGCCCGGCGCUGUCGGAGGAGGAGUUGUACUCGCUGUUCCGGCGGUACGGCACGAUUCUGGACAUCUACCCCGCGGGCAAGAACGGCUAUGCGACGAUCCGCUACCGCUCGUUCCGGGGCGCGAUCUGCGCGAAGAACUGUGUGUCGGGGAUCGAGAUCAACGGCUCGACGCUGCAUGUCAAGUUUGAGCCUGUAGUCCGCGCGCACGCGAUCCGCGACUUCUUCGUGAACCACCCGCGCAUUGCCAUUCCCCUGCUGAUUGCCCUGUUAUCCAUCUGUGCUGUGCUGAUCUUCGACCCUAUCCGGGAGUUUUCCAUUGAGCAGAAGAUCACGCGCAUGUACACACUGUCGCGGGACAACUUCGUGGUGAAAAGCAUCCUGCGCCUCACCUCCUAUACGGUCUCAUCUGUGAAGCAUCUCUGGGGCUACGACGAUGACCAGCCAGAGAAACGACAGUUGUGGCAGGAGCGCGUGGAGAAGGUGAACGACCUGAAGAUGUGGUUAGAGGAAAACAACAACACUUUCGUCGUGGUGACCGGUCCUCGCGGCUCUGGCAAGCAUGAGCUCGUGAUGCAGCACACUCUGCAUGACCGUCCUAAUGUGCUAUAUCUGGAUUGUGAUACUUUGAUCAAGUCGCGUACUGAUUCCAAGUUUUUGAGGAAUGCCGCCCACCAGAUUGGCUAUUUCCCAAUAUUCCCGUGGUUGAAUUCCGUCACGACUCUGGUUGACCUGGCUGUUCAGGGCCUGACCGGCCAGAAGUCCGGGCUAUCUGAGUCAAAGGAAACGCAAUUCCGGAAUAUGCUGAACACUGCUAUGAUGUCUAUUAGGCACAUUGCUUUGUCCGGUUAUAAGGCGACUCUGCACUCUGGCGAUGAUGUUACGACUGUGAAGGAGGAGGACUACUUGCAACAGCAUCCUGAGCGCAAGCCGGUUAUUGUAAUAGACAGGUUCAGUAACAAGGCUGAGAUAAACGGUUUUGUGUACAAAGAACUCGCAGAUUGGGCGUCCAUGCUUGUUCAGAUGAACAUCGCGCAUGUUAUAUUCCUCACCGAGUCUGUAUCUCCAAACCAGUUGUUGGCAGAGGCUCUUCCAAAUCAAGUUUUCAAGUUCCUGUUUCUCUCAGAUGCGUCGAAGGACUCAGCGAGGAGCUACGUGCUUUCACAGUUAUACCCUUCUAGCCCAGCGUAUUCUGAAAAAAUGCCAGCAGCAGAUGCAGAUGCCAAUGAGGAGUAUAGGAAGGAGAUAGACCGUGCAUUGGAGCCUAUCGGCGGUAGAAUGUUGGACCUACAAGCGUUUGUCCGCAGAGUGAAAUCAGGGGAGGAGCCGUCUGAAGCAUUGGAAAAGAUGGUGGAGCAAGCAUCAGAGCAGAUCACUCAAAUAUUCUUAAGUGAGAGAUCGGAGCCGAUUAAAACGGCACAAGCUUGGGAGCUGAUCGAACUACUUUCACAAAAUGAUGUCGUGAAGUAUGGAGAUAUCGUUUUCAGGCCGUUGUUUAAGUCUUCUCCAGAGGCCGGGUUGUUGGAGUUAGAGAAAAAUGGGCUGAUCACAAUCAGCCGCAAUAGAGGAGUGUUGCAAGAUAUCCGGCCCGCUAAACCAUUGUUUAAAGCCGCAUUCAGCUACCUGUUACAGGACAAGGACCUGUCCAUCGUCCUCCGAACAGGUUACUACUUGCGACUAAUCGCGUUUGAAACUGGGCGGAUCAAAAAGUGGGAGGAGGAAUUGCGUCUAUUGGCAAAGGUUAGUGACCAAAGAAUAUGCAAGAGUCGGUUGAAUUACUUAGCAAGCAAAAUAGACGCCAGUAGUGGGGUAAUUAACAGUUGUGAGGACAAGGUAAAAGAAAUGUCAAAGCGUAUUUAG